AUGCCUGGAAAGUACUCCUACAAUCUAGUGCUGGCCGACUACUCGAGUCAGGGCCUGAUCUCCUUGCCGAACGAUCAGCAGCUGCAGUACUUGCGGGAAGAUCAGCCGUCGCGUGUUGGGAAUACCAAAAAUUCGACGUACAGGCCGCGAGGUCCGUCGGGACGUCCCGAGACUGCGCUCAGUCACGCCUCUGGCCAGGACUCAAGUCGGAGGGUGGUCAUUGUUGAUUCAGACACGUCUGAUGACGAGGUAGUGCGGGUCGAGCAAGAUGUAUCACAACAGCAGUCUGUUGAGAGAUCGGCGGAGUUGCUCGCGCGCAAUGUUGGUGAAGAUGGAGGAGACCGAGCUGCUCUGGCAAGCACUCACCAAGCCGUUACCAAUCCACAACCACACGUGCCGCACCCCGACUCGAAUGACACCUCUAGGAAGCCGCGUAACAGACUUACGAAGCCCCGUCGCAGUGGAGGGGUCAGAGCUCUGAUUCAAGCGAGGUACAAUGAAGAGCUGGCUGCUGCGAUCGCAGAGGAAGAGAGCGCAGGCGAGCCCGUGAACCAUACACCAGUAGGGACUGAGAAAGGCAAGAACGAUCCGCAGUUGGGGAAGGUUGAGGCGGCGCAGACGAAUGGAGCAUCCGCGCAAGACGAUGCAGCGAGCGCAGCAAUCAAUAAGCUGUCCCUGCAUGAGUUCCUCGAUACUGUGCCACGCUCCCCGCGCAAACCAAAGUGGCAGCCUCGAGGGCCGCAGCGAGAGCCUGGGCAGCAUGUUGACCGUCCACAUACACGUUCGAUAUCGGUGCAGGAGUUUCUCAGUCUCGAGCCUGGCCCUGUAACGGACGGUGUUGCUACUGCGAAAAGCAAGCCAAGUACCAGCACAGAGGGAACGGCUUCUGGGUUAAGCAAGCCUAGCACCAGCACAGAGGGAACGGCCUCUGAGAUCAGAAAGCCCGCUCCUCCACUGAACAAGAAGAAGAGCUCGCCAAAUCUGGUCAGUCGCCUGCCGAGGAAUGUCUCGAGUCAACAUCAACGUCCGGCGUCUUCGCCUCAGCAUGAGAAGCCGCAGGAACUCGUUAUGCCGAGAGCCUCUGUUGAUAAGCCUGCAGACCCGGCGCCUAGCACAGGAAAGCAGACUGAAAGGCCACGCUCUCCCGAUACGGACACUGUGCGGCACAUAGGUCGAUCGCCCAGUCCUCAAAAGCCGGCCGAGAAGGACCUACGUCAGCACGGACCAGUGCGACCAGUAUCGAAGUACAUGGAGGAACCGGAUUUCGAUGGUUUCUCGGACGUCGACGACGAUUCCUAUUUUCCUGCGAUUGCGCACUAUUCAUCAGCACAGACACAGUCGGGGCCGCCAGCCAAUAUGCGGCGAUCUUCGAGCGUGCGAACAUCAUCACAUCAGAGACGCGAUAAGCUGUCGCAGGUCCUUGGUCGGCCAAGCCGGCCAAGUAGUGCGCAUGGCAUGGAUGACAUUCUGCAGCUGCAACACGACCGGGAGUCCGCUGUGCAGUCGAGGCAACGAAUGAUACACGAUGUGGCGAGCGCCGGUCGAUCCAGGACGCCAAUUGGAUCGCCGGAGCUGUCCUUGACGACGGCAAGUUCAUCCACAUCGCCGUUUCCGCGGACUCCUAAAACGAACAUGGGUGCCUCAGGCAAAUCAAGUCGGCAGGCCAGGGUGAAGCCAAGCGGUAGCACCGAGUCGUGGGGCCUUCCAAAUAUUGUUGUCUCCGAUGACAAGGUCGAAAGCCUCAGUCAAUUUCUGGGUGAGCACGAUGAGUCCAAAAGCUCGAAUGUCAUGAUAUUCACAUCAGAUGAGGAAGAGGAGGACGACUACCCAACCCCAAGACUGCAAAGGCUUGAGGAGGAUGUCCAGAUGGCGCCUGCCAAGUGGGGCACGAUUUCGUCUGGCAGACAAGUCAACUUCACCCGGAAGGAUGCCGAUACUAUGAGCGAAAUCAGCGCUGUGUACCCGCCUGAUAUUGGCCGAUACACAAGCAAUGGCGAAGCAGGUGGUCCGCUGGCAACAGCUCUGGCAGGCAUGAGACAUGGUGGUGAAUUAGGAGCAACUUACAAGCCCGGGAAAUCCUCUCGAUUUCGGCGCUCGAUGAAGCCUGGCGAUCUGCUACAGAAGCUUGGAUUGAAGGACCGAACUCCUCCUAGACCGAUCGACAGUCCACGACCAAUUCAAAGUACUACUACACCAAGUGCUAGUUCGCCUGGAGGUGCCAGAUAUUACAGACCUCCAAUGCCGAGAAGUGCAAGCAGUCAGAAGAGCUUGAGCUCGAAGAGUGGCUGGUCAGGAUCGAGUUCGGGAAGGAACCCGAAGUACCAUCCUUCCUCAAGUUCCCGUGGACGCCUUCCAAAAAACGAUGAAUGGAUCUAG